AUGGGACCCACCCUGGCGGUUCCCACCCCAUAUGGCUGUAUUGGCUGUAAACUGCCUCAGCCAGACUACCCACCGGCUCUGGUCACUUUUAUGUCCUGUGCGAUGGUCGUCACCAUCAUCGUGGACCUGAUCGGCAAUUCCAUGGUCAUCUUGGCUGUGUCAAAGAACAAGAAGCUCCGCAAUCCUGGCAACAUCUUUGUGGUCAGCCUCUCGGUGGCCGACAUGCUGGCGGCCAUCUACCCCUACCCUCUGAUGGUGCAUGCCAUGGCCGUUGGGGGCUGGGAUCUGAGCCAGCUCCAUUGCCAGAUGGUCGGCUUCAUUAUAGGGCUGAGCGUGGUUGGCUCCAUCUUCAACAUCAUGGCCAUCGCCAUCAACCGCUACUGCUACAUCUGCCACAGCUUCCAGUACGAACGGCUCUUCAGCAUGCGCAACACCUGCAUCUACCUGGUGGUCACCUGGAUCAUGGCCCUCCUAGCCAUCCUGCCCAACACGUACAUCGGCACCAUCGAGUAUGACCCUCGCACCUACACCUGCGUCUUCAACUACCUGAACAACCCUGUCUUCACUGUGACCAUCGUCUGCAUCCACUUCGUCCUGCCACUGCUUGUAGUGGGCUUCUGUUACGUCCAGAUCUGGGCCAGAGUGCUGGCAGCCCGGGCGGCAGCUAGGCAGAACCCUGCCAUCCGGCUGGCUGAGGUGCGCAACUUCCUAACCAUGUUUGUGAUCUCCCUCCUCUUUGCAGUGUGCUGGUGUCCCAUCAACAUGCUCACUGUCCUGGUGGCUGUCAGCCCGAAGGGGAUGGUGGACAAGAUCCCCAACUGGCUGUAUCUUGCUGCCUACUUCAUAGCCUAUUUCAACAGCUGCCUCAACGCAGUGAUCUACGGGCUGCUCAAUGAGAGCUUCCGAAGAGAGUACUCGGUCGUCUUGUAUGCAAUGCGGCACCCCGUCCUCUUCAUUUCUGGCCUCAUCACUGCCAUCCGGGAGACAUGGGAAGCCCGUGCCCGGGCCCGUGCCCGGGCCCGUGCCCGGGCCCGCAACCAAGCCCAUGCAGAAGGCUUUGAGCAAGCCCGCACCACUCCGGCUGUGGAGGAAACACUGAUGAGCGUCCGGAAUAUCCCACUCCCUGGUGAGGCUGCAGCUAGCCUGCCUGACCUUGCCUUUGGUCACCCCAGGUCUGCCACAGUCUACCCAAAGUCUCCCUCUGUCCACUACAAGCAUGCUUCCACCCACCCCAAGCAUGUCACUGGCUACCACCUCCCUGCUGGCAGCCACUGUGAGACUGUCUUCAGUCUUGCCACCAGCCACUCCAAACCCACCAGUGGCCACAUCAAGUCUGCUACCAGCCUUCCUGAGGUCACUGUUGCUGAGUACCUUGAGCCCACCACCACUGGCUACCAUGAGAUCACCACCCCCUGCCACCCGGAGGCCACCGUCACCACCAGCCACCUGGGAUCUGACAUCAAUGAGCCUGCCUAUGGCUCUGCCAGCGGGUCUCCUGUGCCUGCUGCCAGCCAGCUGGAGCCUGCCAUCGCUGCCGGCCUGCCCCGGAUUGUGGUUGUUGACGUCGAAGCUGAUUCUGACGAAGUGGCUGUGUGA